CUGAAAGGCAAUAUUUCGAAUUUUGCAGAAAUUGAUUGGCUUGCUGACUGUGUAACACCGGUUGCUCGGGAUACACGCGUACACGCAUGCACUGAGAAGCCCAGUGGGAAGGAGGAUUGCUUUUACGAGGAUGGUCAGAGUGUAGUUAUGAAGAAAGAUGGCCGCCUCAUCGAAAAGCUUCAGAUGUCGGCAUGCUGGCUUUGUCGGCCUGAUUGCAAAAUUGUUCGUGUGAUAAGACCCUCAACGAUAUGGUUUGCCAGCAGGAAUGAAAUAAAUGCCGUUGGUUAUGAAAAUGAUCGGUUUUGUCGCUUGCUCUAUUCAGGGCAUGCGUCGCUUUCCGAAGUAGAAACUGCUUUCAGUUUGUUAAGGCCUGCUUUUGCAUAUCCGAACACUGCGAGUGAACUGAACAAGGAUUUUGUUAAAUAUUUGUCAUACUUCAGGCCGUACUGUUCUGGACACUCAAAGGCUUCCGUGAGUUCAACAGACGACAAAUCCAAUGUUAUCGAUAUCAUUACUUUAUCCGACUCACUGCAAAAGUCACGGAAGCGAAAAGCUUCCUUUAGUGACGACGAAGAUUGUCAAAUAAUAGGUUAG